AUGGCGCUGAGAACUGUAAGCAGGAGAGGCCUAGCAGGUCUAAGCAGAAAUGGCGGGGGCUUAGGGUUAGGGUUAGGGCUUGUGACAGUCCGUGGAUUGAAGACCUUCACGCUGCCCGACCUGCCCUACGACUAUGGGGCACUGGAGCCCUACAUUAGCGGAGAGAUCAUGCAGCUCCACCACCAGAAGCACCACCAGACCUACGUCACCAACUUCAACAAAGCCCUCGAGCACGUUGACCAGGCCAUGGCCAAAGGCCACUCCCCCACCAUCGUCAAAUUACAGAGCGCCAUCAAAUUCAACGGCGGAGGUCAUAUAAACCACUCUGUUUUCUGGAAAAAUCUGACCCCUGUUCGAGAAGGAGGUGGUGAGCCUCCAAAGGGUUCCUUAGCAUGGGCAGUUGAGAAUCAGUUUGGUUCCUUAGAUUCCCUGAUUCAGAAAGUGAAUGUUGAAGGUGCUGCUUUGCAAGGUUCUGGUUGGGUGUGGCUUGCUCUUGACAAAGAUCAGAAGAGGCUUUCUAUUGAAACAACAUUCAAUCAGGAUCCGCUUGUUGCCAAAGGAUCAAGUUAUGUUCCUCUCCUGGGGAUAGAUGUAUGGGAACAUGCUUACUACUUGCAGUACAAAAACGUGAGGCCAGAUUAUCUUAAGAACAUAUGGAAGGUUAUUAACUGGAAAUAUGCAAGCGACGUGUAUGAGAAAGAAUGUCCUUGA